CCACAUCUGAGCAGGUAAACAGGAGCUCGCUAACAUUGUCUUCACACUGGUUUAUUUCUCUCCAGACACUGAAGAAACUACCUGCUAGAGAUGAGAACUCCUCCGGGAAGCCUCUGAAAGGAUUUCAUUUGUAUUUUUCUUUCUAAAAAUCCUAAAUAUCAAUCAUUUCAAGGAUGCGUCGACGCGACAGGUGGUCGAUAUUGAGCUCCAUCUUCAUCCUGUUGGUGGUCACACGGACAAAACCACAGCGAAGAGAGGAUAGUGGCAUCUCUUUGCUCCAGCUGAUUGGGGACCCCCCUCCAGAUGAAAUCAUCAGGGUUUCAGGGCCGAGGGAUGAGGCUGCUUUCCUCUUCACCUCUGCUGCAGCGUCGGGCCAGCCCGUUCUGGCCCAUGUCCCUAGCCCUUUCUACCGCCACUUCUCCCUCCUCUUCCACCUCAAGCCCUCCACCCCCGCUGCCUCUGUCCUCUUCUCUAUUACUGAUGGGCCCCAGAAGCUCAUCUACAUUGGUGUCAAGCUCAGUGCUGUGCAGUCCGGUCGUCAGAAGGUGCAGUUCUUUUACACCGAACCUGACGCUGAGGCCUCAUAUGAGGCAGCCAGCUUUGAUGUGCCCAGUCUGGUGAACACCUGGAGUCGCUUCUCGUUGUCUGUUUUUGAGGAUCGGGUGACUUUGUACCAAGGCUGUGACUCUGAGCCACAGGUGGUGAAGUUUGAGCGCUCCCCAGAUUUGAUGGAGUUCGAUGCCGGAGCAGGGAUCUUUGUGGGUCAGGCUGGAGGAGCUGACACUGAUAAGUUCAAGGGUGAGAUCGCAGAGCUGCGACUGGUGGGAAACCCUCAGGCAGCUGAGCGUUUGUGUGAUGAUGAGGACGACUCUGAUGCUGCCUCUGGUGACUUUGGCAGCGGUGAAGAUGACAGGAGACAGACAGGACACACUGUGAAGACCACCCCUGCAUCCUUCCGUCCAGCGCCUGAACCACCACUGACAUCCUCACAAAAGGACAGCCUCAAAGAAUCAGAUGACAGGUAUCUGCAGCUGUCAGUGGACUACAGCCAGUCUGGAUCACCAGGCCCAAAAGCAGGUGUCAGCGGUGCUAAAGGUGACAAAGGUGACAAAGGAGAGAAAGGUUCAAAGGGGGACAGAGGCCCCGCAGGACCAAAGGGAGAUUCAAGGUCUGGCUUUGGCUCUGGUGUGUCCUCCCAGGGUGAACGAGGGCAAAAGGGUGAAAAGGGAGCAAAGGGCAUUGGAUAUCCAGGCAAUAAGGGAGAGCGUGGGGCUCAGGGGCCUCCCGGGCCUCCUGGUCCUCCAGGACCUGCGGCUGAAGUAGUCCGACUGGGGGAUGGCUCUGCUGUGCAACACGUGGCAGGACCCCCUGGACCUCCAGGGCUACCGGGGGCAGAUGGGGCUGCAGGACCUCCAGGGGCCGAUGGGGAGCCUGGUGAUCCAGGAGAAGAUGGAAAAGCUGGUCAUGCUGGGCCACAAGGCCCUCCUGGUAAUCCUGGACAUAAAGGCCAAAAGGGGGAAAGAGGAGAGGGUCAACCUGGACCCAGAGGCCGCCCAGGUCCACCAGGACCUCCUGGACCUGGCACUGGUGACCGUCCAACCUUUGUUGACAUGGAAGGCUCAGGAUUCCCUGACCUGGACAAAGUUUGGGGUCCCCGUGGUCCUCCCGGCCCCCCGGGCCCUCCUGGCCCCCCUGGGAUCCCUGGGACUUCAGUGGCCCUGGGAGACAACGGUUCAGUUGCCUUUGGACCUCCUGGACCACCUGGACAAGAUGGAGUCCCUGGUUUACCAGGCCCUCCUGGUCAUCCUGGUGCACCUGGUCAGCCUGGACCCAGAGGAGAGAAGGGUGACUGUGGUGAGCUCGGUCUUCCAGGAGCAGCCGGGCAAAAGCAAGACACACAAGACUCCAGCUUUCUCACCGGCCUCUUCUCUUACUUUACGCCUUCCUCUGUGGGUGCUCAGGGUGACCCAGGACAGACGGGUACCGCAGGGCAGACCGGGCUAGCAGGGCUUCCAGGGCCAAUGGGACCAGUUGGACCUCCAGGACCUCCUGGACCACCAGGGCCACCUUACCACACUGGCCUUAGUGACAAUGAUGGAUAUGAUGUGAUCGCCGGCCCACCUGGACCACAGGGUCCACGUGGUACUGCAGGUCUACCUGGCCAGCCAGGUUUGCCGGGCAACUUUGGAGAAAAAGGAGCAGAGGGGCCACGAGGACCACCUGGGCUCCCAGGCCUGGACGGGAUCCCUGGACCGCCGGGUGAAAAGGGUGAAAGAGGAGCGAAAGGAGAGACGGGUAUGCCAGGACGAGAUGGCGGACCACCUGGACCUCCAGGGCCUCCCGGGCCCCCAGGACAGAUUGUCUACCAGACAACAGGAGAUUAUAAUGACAUAUAUUGGAGCGAAGGGUGGCAGGAAGGAGCUAGUCUUCCAGGCCGAGCAGGAUUCCCAGGGCCCAUGGGACCAAAAGGAGAUAAAGGAGAUUCAGGUCCUCCAGGAUAUGCACCAAAGGGACAGAAAGGAGAGCCUGGUAUCAUCCUGGGGCCUGAUGGGACUCCUUUGUACCUGGGUGCCCUGGCAGGACAGCCGGGUGAGAAGGGACCUCCUGGCCCAGUGGGACCUCCAGGUUCAUACGGUCCUCCAGGCCAUAAGGGAGAGAUUGGGCUUCCAGGGAGACCGGGUCGUCCGGGGCUGAAUGGCGCCAAAGGAGCGAAGGGAGAUGCAAGCAUUGGAUCUGGAUAUGGUUACCCUGGUCCUCCAGGUCCACCGGGCCCUCCUGGACCUCCUGGACCCACUGUUCCUGUUGACAGACUCGGAGGGAAUGAGGAUUACUCCAGGUAUCACCCCGCUAUGAAAGGAGAGAAAGGUGAUCUUGGACCACCGGGGCGUCCAGGUAUCGGGUCAGACUUUGACCUUUACACUUUAAAGAAUGAGCUGAAAGGUGAAAUGGGCAGUCCAGGCUUGAAAGGAGAGAAAGGAGAACCGGGUGGAGGAUAUUACGAUCCCCGCUAUGGAGGGAGUGGAGUCGGAGCCUCAGGAGUGCCUGGACCUCCUGGCCCUAAAGGUGACUCCAUCAUUGGCCCACCAGGCCCUCAGGGGCCACCAGGUCCACCAGGAAGAAGCUAUGAUGGCCCACCUGGACCACCAGGGCCACCUGGACCUCCAGGACCAUCUUUACCUGGUGCUCACAGAGGCACACAGACUAUCAGUAUUCCUGGACCACCGGGACCACCUGGACCUCCAGGGCUACCUGGAUACUCCUCAGGGGUGACAGUGUUGAGAUCUUAUGACACCAUGACAGCCACUGCUAGAAUACAACCUGAGGGCUCUCUGGUGUACAUCAUAGACCAAACAGAUCUCUACUUACGGGUCAGAGAUGGAGUCCGGCAAGUCAAGCUUGGGAGUUACAUUGCUUUGCCCAGUGAGGAUGGUAAUGAGGUUGCAGCUGUGGAGCCCCCACCAGUCAUUCCUUACUACCCAGACCACAGCUCUCAAAGCCAACCUGCCAGUCCAGUCCACCCGAGCUCAGGGCAUCAGUCAGAGCCAGAUCCGUAUUACCCUCAGUAUCCAUCAAACCCUGAUCCCCGAUACCACCCUGACUCACAGUAUCACCCAGACCCGCGGUACCCAGCACCCACCAAUCCAAGGUUUCCAAGUUACGGAGACCGGCUAAACCAACCAGAUGGUAGGUAUUUUGUCCAUACAGCCCAGGAACGCCCUGCAUACCCAGACACGCGUUAUACAGUCACCCCUCAGCGAAGACCACCUCCACCUGUGCCCCAGACUCCAGUCCACCAUCACACUUCAGGUCCAGGGCUCCACCUGAUUGCUAUGAACAGCCCUCAGACCGGCUCCAUGAAGGGCAUCCGUGGUGCAGACUUCCUGUGCUUCAGCCAGGCUCAAGCAGUCGGGAUGAAGGGAACUUUCCGGGCCUUCCUUUCUGCCAGACUCCAAGAUCUCUACAGCAUCGUCCACAAGACUGACAGGGACCAUUUGCCAAUUGUCAACCUUAAGGAUGAGGUGCUAUUUGACAGCUGGGAUGCCAUUUUCAGUGGUGGUAGAAUGAAGGACAGUGUGACGAUCUACUCCUUCGAUGGCAAGGAUGUGCUAAGUGACAGCACAUGGCCAGAGAAGAUGGUGUGGCACGGCUCCAACAGCGCCGGUCAGCAUCACAUCGACAACUUCUGUGAGACGUGGCGUGUGGGAGACCCGGUGGUGACAGGCAUGGCAUCAUCGCUGCAGAGCGGCAGUCUGCUCCAGCAGAGCUCCAGCAGCUGCUCCAGCUCCUACGUUGUGCUAUGUAUCGAGAACAGCUAUACGGGCCAGUCCAGGAGAUAGACACAUAAACACACACACAACACUGGACAAAGGGAAAUCCCAAAGCGGUCAGUCAGGCUUUUGUCCACACACACCUGUCUUUGCACUACAUGUGGUGCUUUGUAAAUAGGUUUUUUUUAAUUAAUGAUGAGUUUAUAUUAGCUCCUUCUGUACGGUGCUAUACAAGAUUAUCCCACUUGUUUAACCUAAUCUAAGCUCAGGUGACACAGUAACACACACCCUUUGGCAGUUGGAGGUCCAUGCUCCUGUGGCAGCAGCAGCAGCGUUAGAUGUUAUUUCUUUGCUGUGUCUGACCAGUUAGUACAGUCAUGAUGUAUCUAGAAUGCUUGAUGCCAGCUGGCAAAGUGAAUUUAAAGGGUCAGUUCACACAAAUUGCACUGCUUUCUUGUGGUAAUCUGCAGUGCAGAUAGGUUUGGUUGUAUUUGACCAGGUAUGUAAAUAACUACAUCCACAUCAAAAUUAUGGAGGUGAAGGGAAGACGUUUGCCCAGUGGUCGUGGAAAAGUAAGUGCUCGAAUUAAAUUUUUGUCAUCCAUGUUAGCUUAAAAAAUGAAAAUUUGAGCAUUUACUAUUCCAUGACAACUGGACAAAAAUAAACCAAACCUAUCUGCAUGGUGAAACAAGUAGAUAUGUUUUUUUAAAAAGGUUUGUUGUUUGAGUGAACUGACCCUUUAAAUGCCAUUUAAUUAUUAAUGUAGAACAACCCAGAAAAAUGUCUUGUGCAUAAGGCCAGGCUCAUCAGCUUAAUCUUUCUAAGAAAGGGAUAUACAGUGUGUACCACUGUGGUCAUACACGUGUAUCUGAAAUACCACUAAGAACUGUGGAGCAAAAGCCACAAAAAUACAACUGAGGAAGUCGUUUAAAAAACUCACCUGUCAGUGUUUCCUCAUCUUCCUGCCUGGGCUUAACCAAAAACUGUCAGGAAACAAUAACAUAACAAAUCUACAACUCAAAUACCUGAAAUCAGUGUUAGUAAUGACUUAAAUCAUCUAUCUCCUAAAUACCACCUUAACCUUUUAUAUAAAGUAUUUGUCAGUGCAGGAGAGGAAAAUGUAGCAGAUGAACUAAAUGGUUCUGUCAUCAAUACAAUUUAACAUCCACAAGCAAGAAAAACAUUGAAUAAUUGUAUAAGAAAUGUAUGUUUUAAACUUCUUUUCCUUGUUAUGUGUAUCCCAUAGCACUCAAGUUAUAGCCUCUUCAUUUUCCUACUGUAUAACAUAGGAAAAUAUUUUCAGAUCACAUUUUUAGCAGUAACAAAGGGGUAUUUAUUUUUAUAAAUGUGUUUUUAGUUCAACUAAAAUGUGUGAUGUGAAUUCUUUCACAAAAAUAUUCUGAAAUUCACCAAAUUUGCAAGCCCUAAACAAAGAUUGGUCAUGUGUCCAGAAAUGAGCUGGGGACCAGUUUCCCACCGAGAUACAGUUUGCACAGAUCGUAAGCAAACAGCUAAAGUAUAUGUACAGGAAAGGAUUCAGCCAUAAAUGUUUGUGCACUGUCGCUUGUUAUUUGUUUCACUUUUUAUUGGAGAAAAGCGCAGUAAAUGUGCUGCAGCUAGUUUACUGGAGUCACCAGUGGAGAAGAUCUAGACACUGGGGUGAAACUUGACUGUUAGCCUUCAGCUUCUGAAGUGUAAAAUGACAUUUCAUGUACUAACAAAGCCGUAACAAAUGCAGUAAGAUGUGUGUUAACUCUUGCAGUUUGUCUAUCUGAUAUGUGAGCAACAGUGUGAAAUGCUGCAUUUCAUUGAAUAAACCCAUGU